UUAUGUGCUUUCUCUGGAAUACUGUCAUUGUAGUCUUGGUUUGGAUAUACUUUAACUGCAAAGAAAUCCCGAAAUAAAAUAGAGGUGAUAUAAUAGAAACCCUACCAUGAAUUCCCUGGUUAAAUCGGUGAAACUAGGCUUUAUUUUAAAAAGUUCCAGUCCAGUACUUAGCUCCGUGAGAUCUGCAGGACAUUGGAACAAGGAUUUCAGACCUGGAGAUUAUCCAAAAACAGAGGAGGAGCGUAUAGCAGCAGCAAGGAAAUAUAAUGUUCACAUUAAAGAAUAUAAACCAUAUCCAGAUGAUGGUACUGGAAAUGGAGACUAUCCUUUGUUGCCACUGGAGGGGGUAGAUCUUAGGGAUCCUUUUUAUCCAUGGGAUAAUCCUGAACUAAAGAGAAAUUUUGAGGAACCUAUACACGAAGAUUUUGACCUCAUAAGAGAUGAUAGGUGGGAUGCAGGAAGAACAUUUUUAAAACCAGUAUGGCACCUUUGGCUGCAAACGAUUGGAUGCCUAGGUGGUCUUGCAAUACUAUUUUACGGCGGUGAACAAAUAAGGAUGUUCUUGGCAGUCACACCACCACAGCUUUACAAAGAAGGAAAGGUUUAUUAUACUUUUGAGCCAGCAACAAAUGAAUAAGUAUGUAAUUUUUGUCACGAUAUCUUGUUUUUUAUUAAAUAAUUUAUAAGAUAUACAUUUCCAGACUUUAAAUAGUAUCCUGUUUAUGUUAGUAGCUGUACUCUCAGAUAUGUAUAAAUGUGAAAUAAAUUACCAUAUGAAAGUAAA